GAGGGGGGGGGCGGGGCUGUCCUCCCACAAUGCAGCGGGCGGGUGAAGAUGGUGGACAGUAACAUGGAGGAGUUCGAGCAGGAGACGGGCUGCGUCCCUGUGCUGCAUCCCGAGGAAAUAAAGACUCACAGCCAUUACAACCAUGGCUACAGUGACUCAUUGGCACGGAAAAGCCACAUCGAUGACUACAGCACAUGGGACAUUGUCAAAGCCACACAGUAUGGAAUAUUUGACCGCUGUCGAGAGCUUGUGGAGGCAGGUUAUGAUGUACGACAGCCUGACAAAGAAAAUGUCACCCUUCUUCAUUGGGCAGCUAUCAAUAAUAGAAUUGACCUGAGCAGAUACUACAUAUCAAAGGGAGCAAUUGUGGAUCAGCUUGGAGGAGACCUGAAUUCCACACCUCUUCACUGGGCAACAAGGCAGGGCCAUUUGUCCAUGGUUGCGCACCUGAUGAAAUAUGGUGCAGAUCCCUCAUUGAUAGAUGGCGAAGGAUGUAGUUGUAUUCACCUGGCUGCGCAGUUUGGUCACACUUCUAUUGUUGCCUAUCUGAUAGCAAAAGGGCAGGAUGUAGAUAUGAUGGAUCAGAAUGGAAUGACACCAUUGAUGUGGGCAGCAUAUAGAACACACAGCGUGGAUCCCACAAGACUGCUUCUUACAUUCAAUGUGUCAGUGAGCCUUGGGGAUAAGUACCAUAAGAACACUGCAUUACACUGGGCAGUGCUGGCAGGAAAUACCACUGUAAUAAGUCUGCUGCUGGAGUCUGGCGCGAAUGUGGAUGCUCAAAAUAUCAAGGGGGAAACACCGUUAGAUCUUGCUAAACAGAGGAAAAAUGUUUGGAUGAUUAACCAUUUGCAAGAAGCAAGGCAAGCAAAAGGCUUUGACAGUCCUUCUUUCCUGAAGAGGCUAAAGGCAGACAAGGAAUUUCGUCAAAAGGUGAUGCUAGGAACUCCAUUUUUAGUAAUCUGGUUGAUGGGAUUUAUAGCUGAUCUAGACAUUGACUCCUGGCUGAUAAAAGGAUUAAUGUAUGCUGGUGUCUGGGCAAUGUUGCAAUUCCUCUCAAAAUCAUUCUUUGACCACUCAAUGCACAGUGCACUGCCUCUUGGAAUCUACUUGGCAACUAAAUUUUGGAUGUACGUGACAUGGUUCUUCUGGCUAUGGACUGAUCUUCCUUUCCUGUCUGUGCAUAUUCCUUUUCUUAUCAAUAGUGUAGGUCUUUUCUACAAUUUUGGUAAGUCAUGGAAAUCAGACCCAGGAGUUAUCAAAGCUACAGAAGAGCAAAAGAAAAAGGUAAGUAGGACAAUAGUGGAAUUGGCUGAAUCCGGACAUCUGGAUCUUAGUAUAUUUUGCAGUACUUGUUUGAUCCGGAAGCCUGUUCGAUCCAAGCACUGUGCUGUGUGUAACAGAUGCAUUGCCAAGUUUGAUCACCAUUGCCCGUGGGUUGGCAAUUGUGUGGGGGCAGGAAAUCACAGAUACUUCAUUGGAUAUCUGUUUUUCUUGUUGGGGAUGAUCGUUUGGAUGAUUUAUGGCUGUUUCUUGUAUUGGAGUCUCCACUGUGAGACCACUUACCAGAAAGAUGGAUUUUGGACGUACAUCACUGAAAUAGCUAGCUGCUCCCCGUGGGUCUUCUGGAUGUUUCUGAACAGUCUUUUUCAUUUGAUGUGGGUGGCCGUGUUGCUGAUGUGUCAGAUGUAUCAGAUUGCUUGUCUGGGGAUAACUACAAAUGAAAGGAUGAAUGCAAGGCGAUACAAGCACUUUAAAGUUACCACAACCACAAUUGAAAGUCCUUUUAACCAUGGUUGUAUUCGGAAUAUCAUAGACUUCUUUGAAUUUAGAUGCUUUGGCCUCUUUCGUCCUGUAAUUGUUGACUGGACACACCAGUAUACAAUAGAAUAUGACCAGACAACAGGAUCAGGCUAUCAGCUUGUGUAGUGGGAUCAGCAUCUACAAUAUACAUCAUGUCUGCCAUCCGACCGUUUAAACCGGUACCUGACACUUUCCUUCAUUUUGUUCGUCGAUAUCAACUUGAACCAAUGUGUUACUAAGAGAAGGUGGAAUACUGUGGUACUUCAUCUGGAUCAGUUGCAUUCAGAAAAUAAACGAGGACAGUUGAACUGCCUGUUUUUUUUCCGUACGGUUAAAUUGUACUAAAACUGAAGAUAGAUGGGACCUUUUUAAAACAUCUGCUUUCGUGGAAAUUAGUGCUUGCAAUAUAAUUUUCAUUACAUUAUGUUUUCCUCAGAUUACUUUAUAAGAGACAUAGUUGUGGUGAUCGAUCCACUCAGUUAAGUAAAUGCCUGAUUCAGGUAUCAUGGCUACAUCCAGUUCCCACUUCCUUCCAAUUUACCGCAAACACUUCAUCUAUACUCUCCCAAACACUGCUACUUAUAAGCAUUCCUUAUAUGGUACUUUAAACGAAAAAAUCUUUGUAGCUAAAUACAGAAAUUGAUGUCGGAAGUCAUGUGAAGAGAGAAAAUAUAAUCCCUUUAUUUCAGAUCUUUAUAUUUAAAAAUGUUUUUUUGAUUUUUAAUGAUUUUAAAAUGGGCAGCCUUGUAGCUCAAUUGAUUUCAAUUGAUGAGAUGUUUCACUCCUGACAGGAAUGACCAUGAAGUUGAGUCCUCGUGCUUCCUGUCACUCUAUAACUCAUUCGCCCUCCUUUGCAUGGGUUUGGUCAGGUCUCAGGCAGGCUGAUGGAGCACAGCACUGGGAUUAAGUGCUCCACUUCUUAAUGGAGGGAGACGGCAAGGGGUGGGGGUCAAAAGGGUGUUAAGUGACAUUGUCUUAUUCCACUGGAACCGUGUUUCCCGCUGGCCAGUCAUGGAGAGACAUUUGUGUCAAUUGUGGAAGAAGUCUGCAACGAGACCGUUCUGUCCUGCUGAACAUGUGGUGAGUGGCCAUUGAGGAUGGAAACACUGGGAUAAAAUUGCAUGUUUAAGAUCCAAAUUGAAGCACUGAAUUUUGUUUUAUGACCUUUUGAUUUGGUCAUUAUUGUUUAUCCACUGCUUCCUGGAAACAUAAUGUUUACAGACAGUGAUUUUUGCUGAAAUGGUUAGAUAGUUCAGCCACGAAGUGGUUCGAGAAACCUGUGAGGUCGAGCAUUACCUGAAAGCAGCUCCCUGAGCCAGUGUAAAGAUUGCUUGCAACUGUAUAUAAAUUAUUUAUCAACUAGUUUUAUCAGUGUGUGAUUUUUGCAAGUGUUAGUUGGAGCUGCUAUAUUAAUUUUCAUUCAACCAACAAUGUGUAGGAAUGUAGUCCAUUGCUUUUAGAGGUGUCAAUGACUCUGUUUAUAGCAAAUUACUCAUCAAAAUCACUGCAUGUCUGAUGCUUGGCAAAAGAGGCAUUCCCCAGUACAGUAGAACAUAACAGCAUCACAGCAGCUUACAGCACACACUGCACUGUUAUGUCAGCUUCUUCCUUUUGUAGGAAGAACAGUGAAUUUGUAAAUAGUGAGUGUCUUGUAUUUGCAAGUAAAAAAAACAUUUCUGUAGCUGUUUAUUUUGUAGUGUGAGCCAUGCAUAGUUUGUAAGUACUGUACCAGAUAUCAAGACUUGCAGUAUUGUAAUAUUAGUCAACUUGAAUGUUUAAUAUUGGGAAAAUAAAACUUUAUCUUUGACACAGAUUUGAGCAUAUUGCCAGUUUGUCCUCACACAGAUUACAGCAUUAGGCCCUCAGUCUUCACAAAUUUAGCAUUCUCGUAUUUAUCAUAACAACGUUUCCUUGAUGCUUCAAGUUUAAACAUUCGUGUUUUUUUUCUUUCCUCACGUUUAAUUCAAGGAACAAUUCUCCCCGACCAUAGUGUGCACUGAGUUUCAUACUCGCAAAUAAUUAAAUGUUAUGUUAAUUUAAUACGUUGUUGGAGAUCCUACAUCCACAGAUUGUGAAUAUUUUGUUUUUGUAUUACGUUAUUUAUAACUGUGCCAAGAAUUUUUUUUGCUACUAUCCAGUCCUUUAUGUACACCAACUGAAACUGUAAUAUGUUCAAUUAAAAAACAACUUGCUGUCC